UCCCUGCCGUUCUCCCAGUUUUCCAGGAGCGUCCGUCCCCUGGCUGGUCCCGCACACCUGGGAAGGGGAAGGAACAGGUCCCCAACCUCAGCAUCCAGGAUGUUCACCAUGACACGGGCCUUGGAAGAGGCUCUUCUCCAGCACUUCAUGUGCCAGAAGCUGGAGAUCUCCUAUGCCAUAUACAAGCCGUUUCCUUUCUUCGAAGGCCUCCGAGAUAAAUCCUUCAUCACCGAGAAUACGUACAGGGAAUCUCUGGAAGCCUGCAGAAAUCUGGUCCCUGUAUCCAACGUGGUGUACAACAUUCUCACCAAACUGGAGAAGACAUUUCAUCUGUCACUUCUGGAGAUGUUGUUCAGCCAAAUUAACCUGCGUGAAUACCCCAACCUGAUGAAGAUUUUCAAGAGCUUCAGAAGUGUUGUCAGUUCCUGUGGAGGAGGGAACAGAAAUACGCUGACCCUCCUUGAAGUCCCAGCCAACCAAGCAGAAAGAAGCUCUCGACAGAACCUGCUGCCACUGCUCCCACCCCAGCACCCCCCACUGAGGCACCCAAACUCUACACCCAGAGUCAGUGAGCCCAGAGCAUCCCAACAGCACAGCGCUAGGGUUCUGGGUGAGCCAUCCAGGCCUGUUGGCUCUGCCAAGGCUUUUUCCACAAUCAUCCAAAAAGGAAGAACCACUCCAGAAGACUCACAGCAGAUGCCCAACACUUCUGUGCAAGCAUCCAGUGACAACCUGACCUCCCAAAAAAAGGGUAAAGAAGAUGCUCAAGAGAUGCCCCACGCUCCCGCAGCCCAUGUCUCAGGAAAGAAAAGAAAAAGAACUGUCCAGUCACCUCCAAGAAAGAGACAACAGAAAAGAAGCCUUCCACGAGGAACCACCUCACCUGGGCACAGAACCCAAGAGAAGCUCCAAGUGGUGAAUCAGGCAACUCAAAUGAAGAACGAUUCAACCAGGAUAUCAACGGUCAUGACGAGGGCCCAAAAGUCAAAGCCUGAACGUGCCCAAACAUCUGGACCUGAGGGUAAGGAUGGUGACAAAGGCAGAUUGGGAGGGUCUGUCAUGCAGCAGGCACAGGGAAAUUUGAGUGGUUUAUUCAAUUUUACAGAUGAGGACAUUGAGACAUAUCACCUGGAUAAGGCUGGAAGUAGGCUGUCUUUAGGAAAAUCUCCCGGAGAAAAGCAAACUACCUCACCUGGGCGCAGAACCCAAGAGAAGCUCCAAGUGGUGGAUCAGGUGACUCAAAGGAAGAACGACUCAACCAGGAUCUCAAAGAUCAUGACAAGGGCCCAAAAGGCAAAGACUGAAUGUGCCCAAGCAUCUGGACCUGAGGAAACGAAAAUGAAAACAGAUGUCUGUUCAAGUUCAACAAGAAGCUGUCAGAAAAUGAUUCCCCAAAAGAAAAUAAACAAUGCUGACACUGUGGAUUUCCACUCUCCUGAACUUCCUGUGACCUGUGGUGGGGCAAAAGGGGUUUUGUAUAAGGAGAAAAUGGAAAAAGGACCCUCAGAGAAGUGCAUUCAGAAUGAGGAGGGAGUUUGGUUCACGCCAAGAGAAUUUGAAAUUGAAGGAAAAGGCACACGUUCAAAGCACUGGAAGAGGAAUGUGCUUUGCGGAGGAAAGACCCUAGGACACCUGAUAGAGUGGGAAGACUCAGAUGAAUGUGAGGUGUGCUGUAAAGGGGGAUGCCUGCUCUGCUGCAACACUUGUCGGAGAGCCUUUCAUGAAGACUGUCACAUCCCGCCUGCAGAGGAUGACAGGAGCCCGUGGAGUUGCACCUUCUGCAGGAUGGAGAAGUGUUCAGGAAGCCAGGAAUGUCACAGGGAAUCUGAGGUCCUGGCGAGGCAGAUGGGGCCUGAGCAGCAAUUGAAAUGUGAAUUCCUCCUUUUGAAGGCAUACUGUCAUCCACAAAGCUCCUUCUUUGCAAAGACCCCACUUAACAUUCGAGAUUACGCUAAGCCCUUUAAGGAAGCCAUGUGGUUGGACCUGGUGAAGGAAAGGCUGACUACGAAAGUCUAUACAGUGGCAUGGUUUGUACGGGACAUGCGCCUGAUCUUUCGCAACCAUAAAACAUUUUACAAGGCUUCCGACUUUGGUCAGGUAGGACUGGAUUUAGAGGCAAAAUUUGAAAAGGAUCUCAAAGAGUUGCUCAUUUCUCAUGACUGAGAACAGUUCCCAGACUCCUCUUUGAUCCUGUUCUGGAAGGACUGAGGCGCCCCAACUUCAGGACCCAGAUGAUGUGACCCUGGUCGUCCUUAGAGUGCCAGUGAGCCUGGGAUGGGAUCAGCUGUCCUCUUGACAAAUCCAGGCCCUUCACAGCAUCAUCAUACCAUGCACCCCCUUCUAUUGUUUCUUUUUACAGCUAAAAAUUAUAUCUCACACUGAAAAAAAAUUUGAAUACUUCCUUGAUAGCAUUAAUUACCCUUUAUGGUUCGCAUUCUCCUUGUUUCUCAUAAAUCUUUUUACAGUAAAUUUGUUUGAAUCUGAAUCCAAACAAGUUCCACACAUGGCAUUUGGCUACUCUGCCUCUUAAGUCUUUUUCAAUCUGUGAAUUUGCCCCCUUUUAUACUAGCCAUCUAUUCACUGAAGAACAUGGGGCCCUUGUCCUAUAAAAUUUUUCAUAUUCUGGACUUUCCUGCAUUCUCUUAGUCGUAUGUUUCUCUUCAUUCCCCACCCCACGGCAUUUUUUUUUUUUUGUAAACUAGAUGUUUUGUAAACUAGAUCUAGAAGCUUGCUGAGAUUUGGGGUGGAGG